CUUUUUCUUCAUCAUUCUUACUGCUCUCUUUCAUGUCCCUCAUUCAGUCCAGAUCUUAUUAGCACAGGAAUGGCUACCAUAACGAUAUGGAAAUAAACAUUUAGUAUGAAGACCUACGUUUGUCAUAUUUGUAAUAUCACCUUUACAUCUUUAGAAAUGUUCCGGUCCCAUAUGCAAGGAAGUGAACAUCAAAUUAAAGAAUCCAUUGUUACCAAUCUAGUGAAGAAUCCAAAGAAGCCACCAGACUCUUACCAAGAUGAAAGUACAGAUUACAUCAAAGUACAGAAAGCCAGAGGACCAGAACCAAAGACUUGUUUCAGAAAGAUGGAAGAGACUUCUUUGGAAACCUGCAGGUACAGAGAAGCGGUUGAUUCCAGAUCCAGACAUAGAAUGUUUGAACAAAGACUCCCAUGUGAGACUUCCUGGACAUACCCAGGAUCAUGCAAUAUUUCACAAACAAUGGAAAACCAGUUACCUCAUUGCUUACCAGCUCACUCAAAGAACACAUAUGACUCUUUCCAAGAUGAACUGGAAGAUUAUAUCAAAGUGCAGAAAGCCAGAGGACUAGAUCCAAAGACUUGUUUCAGAAAGAUAAGCGAGAGCUCUGUGGAAACCCAUGGGUACAGAGAAGUUGAUUCUGGACCCAGACCAAGAAUGUGUGAGCGAAGAUUUUCAUUUGAGACUUCUCAGACCUCCCAACGACCAUACAGUACUUCACCAGUGGAAAGCCAAUUACAUCACUGGUUACCAGCUCAUUCAAAGAGGUCAUAUGACUCUUUCCAAGAUGAACUUGAGGAUUAUAUCAAAGUGCAGAAAGCCAGAGGACUAGAGCCAAAGACUUGUUUCAGAAAGGGAAGAGAUAGCUCUGUGGAAACCCAUAAAUACAGAGAAAUGGUUGAUUCCAGACCCAGACAUAGAAUGUUUGAGCAGAGACUCCCAUGUGAGACUUUCCAGAAUUACCCAAGAUCAUCCAAUAUUUCACAGGCAGUGGAAAACCAGUUACCUCAUUGCUUACCAGCUCAUGACAGCAAACAGAGCUUAGACUCUAUGACCUACUGUCAACCCACCAGAGACUAUUUCCCAGAAAAACCAGUACCCCUGAGCCUUAGUCAGCAGGAAAACAAUUCUGGCCCAUACAGUGUAGAAUCUGAAGUUUACAAGCACCUCUCCUCAGAAAACAAUACCAGUGACCAUGAAGCAAGUCAUACGCGGAAACAUCAGAAGAGAAGAGGGCACCUGGAGGAAGGUGAAGAAAAGCCAGAGAAGGAGCAGUCGAAGCAUAAAAGGAAAAAGAGUUAUGGGGAUACAGAUCUAGACAAGGACAAGAGCAUCCAGGAAAGGAAAAGAGAGGGAGAUAAAGUCAGUUCAGGAAAGCUUAAGCAUCGAAAAAAGAAAAAAAGCCAUGGUGUUCCCUCUAAGAAGGAAGAACAUAAGCACAAGAAAGAAAAAAAGAAAUCUGUUGAAGAAAAGACGGAAGAGGAAAUGCUUUGGGAUGAGUCUAUUCUUGGAUUUUGAACUUUUAGCUUUGUUUACCCAACGAGAAAUCGGUUAAGAAUAGGGGAAUUUAGACAAAGACAGGAACAUCCAGUGAAGAAAAGGAGAGGUGAAUACAGUCAGUGUCAGUUCAGGAAAACUUAGUUUUUUGUGUGUAAAAAUUGAAAUUGAAUUGAAAGAAAAGACAAGCCUAAACCUAGACUCUGAGAAAGAGAACCUAAGAAGAACCUAAGAACACAAUAAGAACAUAAGAGAAAAGGAAGCCUGUUGAAGAAAAGACAAAAGUGUCAGUGCUUUAGGAUGAGUCUUCUCUUGGAUUUUGAACUUUUCAGUUUUGUUCCCUUAAGGUUGAAUUGAAGAAAUAAGUUGAAGAGUUUGGUUUUGUUAAAUUCAUGUUAUUGAAUUUUCCUAAGUGGACAGUUACUUUAACCGCUAACAAAAGCCAAGUUAAGUAAGAGUAUUUAAUAUGCCUUUUCCUCAAGUUAUUUUUCCUCAUUUAUUAAAGUGAAAGAAAAAUUACAUGUUUCCUGUGUAUAAAGUAAUUUCCCUUAAUGAGGUUGUCUCUGCUCCCGUUCUUCAAAUUGCUGUGAUAGUGAAUUACUUACCUGUGGGAGAUAAUUUAUUUUAAAUGAGAGAAUUACCAGGCAUUACAGAAUCCAUCCCUUGUUUGGGUUUCUGUUAGUGUUGGUGGUAUUUUAUUGUUGUUAUUGUGUGUUUGUUUAUGUUUCUUGGUUUUCUCCAAGGAAAACGUGUGAAGCGAUUUAGACUAAUUUUUUGUUUGUUAAAUCUAAUUUGCAGUGUAUUUUUGUAUCUUCUAGUUCUGAAAGUGGAAAAUGAAACAGUCUAUAGU